GUUCAAGCAAUAAUCGAAUUCCCAUUUUGCCCUCAUCCUUUAGAAAGCUGCAGUUUUGUAGACUAACUGUGCCAAAAGGUACGUAAGAAAUAGAGAUUUUGACUUUCUUCCACGACGAAUAAAAUUCUCCAGCUCUAUUACUUAGAGUUGUUUAUACGAAACCUUAGCCUUCGGCCGACGACGCCUCCGCCUCUGGCCAACGACGCCUCCGCCUCCGAUUUACGACGCCUCCGCCUCCGGUCUCCGGUCGACGAGACAGACGAAGUCUCCUACUCCGGCCUACAGCUGCUUCUGCCUCCUUCUUUCAUGUUGUUUACAGGUCUGAGGUUAUACAUCGGAAAUUUUCCAUUACAUAUGGAUGAGGUACUAGUGAAAACAACCAAGAGCAGGAGGAUCCGUAUGGUAGAAAGAAAAACCAGAAAAAGAAGUGUUGGUAAACCCAAAACGAAACAUCUUGAAGCCAGGAAUACAAUGGAACGUCCAGAAAAGAAAAAGAGAAGUGUGACAUUGAUCAGAGAUCACUCCAAAGAGUAUCUAUCAAAUUUAACAGUUGAGUUCGAUCACUUUGGUAGAGCUAUUGGACCUAACCGCUUUAAGUUCACGGGUUAUCGUGGAGUGACUACGAGGAAGAUGAUUUCUAUCCUGAUAGAUAGUUGGGAUUUAGUGGAUCAAUGUGCCAAAGAUCAAUUGUGGUUAAACAUAAAGAAUUAUUGGCAUAUACGAGAUGAUGAUCAUAAAGCACAAGUACUUAGAGAUUGCAACAUACAUUGGAAGGCCUACAAGUCGGAGCUUCUUAAGUUGUGGGACAAUGGUGUCAAUCUAGUAAAAAAAUACCCGUACCUUGACAAAGCAAUGUGGAAAAAUUUCCUUGUUCUAAAAUCCACGGAAGAAUUUGAGAACAUUUGGAAGGACAAAAAACUAUUUUCUAGUGAGGAAUUGGAGGAACGUGUUAAAACAUGGAUGAGAACUUUUGGUGAUAAAGUGAAGCCUUUUUGUAAGGCAUACAAUGAGUCAACCACAAAGGGGAAAGAGAGGUUAGAGGUGACAAAGGGGAAAGAGAGUUGGAACGGUGAUCCAUGUGUUCCACAACAUCCAUGGACUGGAAUUGGCUGUUUAAUAAGGCUGGAGUGGAAUUGGAUUGGAAUUGUCUGUUUAAUAAGGCUCUGGAAUGCAAUUGGAGUGGAAUUGUCUGUUUAAUAAGGCUCUGGAAUGCAAAGGGGAUGUGAGACAUCAAGUACGGUUGUUUAUUGGUGUAUUAAAUGUGUUUAUUGGUGUAUUAGAUGUCUAUAUAUGGCGUAUUAGAUGUGUAUAUAUGGCGUAUUAGAUGAUUGUAUGCGAUGGUUGUAAAAAGUAGAUAGGAUAAUAUAAUACGGUCAAAUAGCCGUACUCUAUUAUGCAUGUAAUCUAAUACACCCCUCUACUAAUACGCCCUCUAUGUACGUACUAUAUUUACAAUUUCAACCGUACUCUAUUAACCUUUUUCUA